AUGUUGUGGGGGGAAUUGAGGCGACAGGCGAAGUCUCUUGAAAGCGAAAUAGACCUUAAACUCACGGAAUUUGGUAAGGUUGGCAGUUCUUCGCUUGGUGGUAGCUCUUAUAACAGAACCCCUCAUAUCACUCAAUCUUCAUCUGGAAAAAGUUAUGGCGAUUUAUGCAAUGAUAUUGAAAACUUAUUGCAAAGGCUUAACCAAGUGAAUGACAAGAUGAGCGAACAUUUUUCUGGUCCUGACCAAGGGAAUGUCAGUCAGCAACACAUCGCAAAGCGACAUCGAGAAAUUCUCUUCGAUUAUUCUCAAGAUUUCAAACGUAUGAAAACAAAUUUUAACAACGCACGCAUGCGUGAAGAUCUUUUGUCCUCUACGUAUCGUGUGCAAAAUAUACCGCAGACAAAUAAGCCUCCCGAGGCUACGAGACUUUUAAUUGAAGAACAGAAGAGCCUUCUCCAUGCUGAUAAGAUGUUAUCGGAUCGACUCUCCGCAGCUACAGCCAUCCGCUCCGCAUUGAAAUCCCAACAUCACGUGCUUAAAGCCACAACUAACAGUUUGCUGAACAUGAGAGCCCAAUUUCCGCUAGUAAAUAAGGUUCUUAAUCGGGUUGAUUGGCGAAAGAAACGUGAUUCGAUCAUCAUUGGCGCCGUUAUAGGUUGCUGUCUUCUCUUCCUCCUGUUCUACCUUUUCCACUGA